CGGUGUCGGUAUCCGAAAAUAAACAAACAACGUAGCUAGCUGAAGAGACGACAUCGAUCCAUGGCAGAGUAAAAAAGAACAUGAUAGGAUCGUGGAAACUGGUGCUACCCGUUGGGUUUGUGUUGUAUUCGCUGCCCUUAUUUCUGCGUGUCAAUAGCACCUCGGACUACAUCAUCGAUGAGGAGUUUCACAUACCACAGGGCCUCGCCUUUUGCCGCAAGCAAUUCGAUGUGUGGGAUUCGAAAAUCACCACCUUCCCGGGGUUGUAUCUGCUCGCUCUGGUGCUGCAGCCCUUCAAUGCCUGCACCGUGACUGGAUUGCGUCUCCUUAGCUUGGCUGGGGCCGGUAUCAACAUAUUGUUGUUGUACAAGAUAAGACGACGCACACUGGCUGGUACUGGUGGCAAUGCUUAUGCGGCUCACGAAGCCAUAACUCUAUCUGUGCUACCACCGUUAUAUUUCUUCAGUCAUUUGUACUAUACGGACACGUUGGCGUUGACCAUGGUGCUGUUGUUCUACAAUUACUGGCAACAGGAGGCCCAUCUGCCGGCGGCUGUCUGCGGUGCAGCCAGUGUGCUCAUGCGUCAGACAAACAUCGUGUGGGUGUGCAUGUGCUGUGGCAUCACCAUACUCGACACGGUCGUCCAACAGGCCGCCAAGACUCGGCCGGAGGGCGAAAAGAAUAUACGUCUUUUUGGCACAGCGCUUUUGCUUCAUCUGCUGAGCAGUCCGCAGCUGAUUUGCAAUUGCAUAUUGCACAUACUGGCCAAGUGCUGUUUCUAUGCCUCAAUCAUACUGCCAUUUAUUGGCUUCAUCUUCAUCAAUGGCUCCAUUGUAGUAGGCGACAAAAGCGCUCACGAAGCGUCGCUGCACCUGCCGCAGCUCUUAUAUUUCGCUCUCUUCGCUGCCGGCUUUGGCAUCUCUAAUACGAUGCGCCAAUUGCGUCCGGCUUUAGCACUGCUGCAACGCCAUCGACUACGCACAGUCUUAGCUGUAAUGCUUAUCGCGACAGUGAUUCACCUGAAUACUGUGGUGCAUCCCUAUUUGUUGGCCGACAACCGCCACUAUACCUUCUAUGUGUGGAGUCGUCUGUACGGCAGAUAUUGGUGGUUCCGCUAUGCCAUGACACCGCUGUAUGUGCUCGCGUUGGCGUUGCUCUGCUGUGGAUUGCGGCAUAUGCCGGACAGCUUUAAGAUAAUGUUUCCGGUGGCUCUGCUGCUGGUGCUGUGCUUCCAGCGGCUACUCGAGCUGCGUUACUUCCUGGUGCCGUAUGUGCUCUUCCGACUGAAUACGCGACCCACGCGCAAAGGAUUCGCCGAGUGGAUGGAACUGGGCGUGCAUCUGCUGUUGAAUGUGGUUACGUUCUAUGUGUACUUCACAAAAGAGUUUUAUUGGCAAAAUUAUCGGACACCGCAACGCAUCAUUUGGUAA